AUGGGCGGGCUUCAGAUAUCCUGGGGGCAGGCUUGCGCCUGCGAUGGGACGUCCGAUGAGUGUUUGUAUGCUUCGGUGUCCCCCACAGGUUGCCGGCAUAUCGGUCCGCGUGAGAAUCGCGUCACCAAGAAGGGUGACUGGCGCGGGCCGUGUCGCGGGAAGCGGCAUGGCGGGUUACGUGAGGGAGCAUUCGGUGCGGCCCCUGGGGAGCGCGGGGACCCCGUCGAGCGCGUUCUCAGUGGGGCCGACGCGUUCGAGUCCUUGCCCCCGGGUCUCCGUGAAGAUCGAGAAGUCGUGAUGCGAGUGGUCUCUCAUCGCGGGGCUGCGCUGGCUUCCGUGGGGACGCAGUUCCAGAAUGACGUCGGCGUCGUGCGAGAGGCACUCCGGAAUGAUGGGUUUGCGUGGGCUCACGUCCCGCAGGGGCUUCGGGGGGACGAGAGCGUUCUCCAGGAGCUGCUCGGCCACAUGGAGGAGACCGGGGGCGACCAUCUGCCCGACGAAUGGGAGGUGCUUCCAGCGAACGCGAGGGUGCGCGUGCGCGACGUUGCAGCGGUCGCGAAGGCCGUCUCGAACCAGCACGAGCGCGAUCGGAAUCGCAUGAACGCGUUGCGGCACUUGUGUCCCGAGGGUAGUCUCAGGGAGGGACUCAGGAAUGCUACCGGAAAGCGGUUUGCGAUUCCGUCUGCGUCUGAGUACAAGUCCUUGGUUGCCCUCGCCAAAAAGUAUAAACUCAAAGAGGAGUUCGUGCAUCUCAAGUGCGUGUGGUUGGUGCACGUUGCUGCGGUCAUGUCAAGGAGACGUGGCCAGUUCGCCGCGGGGUCCGUGUCUCCGGUUCCGGAUGUUGCAAAGGACACCCUGGCCACGCGCGUGCUCCGCGUGUGUCGCGGUGAGUCCUUCCGAUCGUCGGAUGUUUUCGCGACUUGGGUGUUCUACGACUUGGUCUUCCGGUUCUGUGCGGACAUUGAUGGGUUUGAGGCGCUCCUGGAGGUCACUGGUGGCCUGCUGAAGGACGUCCCAGAGUGGAUUCGACGCGCCCGCAUUGUGAUCAGCGAGUGUCCGCACGCCGAGUAUUUCUGGGGGUCCGCGAACGAUGGCCGGCGGAGUUUCCCUCUGCAGAUCGUGCGUCGCCGCCUCGAUGAGCUCCAUUGGAAGCCAAUUUGGGCAGGUUCGUUGCCUUCCGACACGCCUGUGUCGCGCGUUUUGGCCUUUGUGGCCUUUCUGGACGACUGGCACGUGGGGGCUUCGCGGAUUGCGGAGAGCGUGCUGGCGUUCAAAGCCAACAGGACGGAGUUGGCCUCGGCUGCUCAGGAGAUCGCUCUCGACUAUUGUCUUCCAGGCUUUUCCCACGCUGGAGACACGCGCAGGUUCGAGUACUACUGGCCGAAGUUUCCUUUCAGCGACCUGGUCUUGUACGCGCAGGAGUCCAUGCGCCUGUUUGCCCACGAUCGCAAGGGUCUUGGAGGUCGUCUGCAUUUGCCGCAAAGGAAUGUGGAGGCUCUGGCGGCCGUGACCUUCAAUGGGCGUGGCGGCCGUCUGCCUUUGCUUGCUUUCGACAUGGAGCCCUCGUGUGCAAUGUUCAAGAAGCUGCGCGAUCUUGACAAGGAUCUGUUGGUGUCUCGCGACCUGCCCAUCAGGGGGCUGCGGCAGCGGGGCGGCUGCGUGGACCCCGAGCAUCUGACGGCGUAUGAUCCGCAGGUGGUCAAUUGCAUGCUGUGGAAGCAUGACGUCUGCGUUCUGUCGCCACCGAAUCAGCGGUUCGUUGGCGUGUCGCUGCAGUUGGACAG